AUGGAGAAUCUAAUUAAAUCCCUCGAGUUUCUCGGCAAAUCUGGCUUCAUUAGUGGCUUGGUAGAAAAUAAUUCAAUAAGAAAUAUAAAAUUCCUUCCCCUUGGUAAGACAUUUCUCGAUAAUAUCCGCAACGAAUGGCACCGAAACAAAGAAGACCUUAAUUCAUAUCCAGCUAUUGGCGUGGACGUCGAAAACACACCAAAUUCUAGUAAAUUUUCAUUCAUCCAAAGCUCCUCCCUUCGAGAGAAUCUUUUGCAUGUGAAGAACCACUUUCAAAGUGAGUUGCCUCUUAUUUUAAAAUCAGAGAAUCUUUAUAGUGGUUCAGUUGGGAACAAGAAAGGAAAUGAUGACGAAACAAUUCGAUUUGAUAUUCCUCGAGGAACUAUUUUAGCCACAAAUUAUCUCUAUACACCAUCAGUGGCUCUGGAGAAAUUCUAUCACAUUCAGAGGGAACGGAAAAUCUGUUGGAUGAAAUAUUCAUCAAAUCCAAGUCGUUAUUUCUUGUCUGACUUGGUGACUGAGGAGAAGGCUGGACAUAAACUUCAGUCAUUGAAGAUUAAAUCGAAAUUUGCCACCGGUGAUAUGGAAGUUGAGGAGAUACAUUUUGUUCCUAUUGCUGCAAUGGGACUUGAAAACGAAUCGGAUUUUGCUAUGAAAGACCCAAGAUUGGGCAGGGAUGUUCUGCCGACUUGUAUUAGGUCGGAGUUCAAACUGGAAGCAACUGCUUGUGCCUUACUUCUCGACUCGAUUGAAAAUAGUCGAGAAGACACUUUGGCUAUAAAUCGUAAAAUAGCUCCCUAUCAAUGUGGAAUAUUUUGUUUCUUCGAAGAUAAAGAAACCACCUCUGAUUUGACGGACCUCUCCACCCACAUCAGCAACGUGAUUCGAAAACUCGGUAUAUCAACUUUAAAUCUCCAAAAAUGUCACACCAACAAUCGCGACACUCUACUCACAGAAAUUUGCCAAAUGGACCGAAUAGGCGUUCCCUAUUGCAUCAUCCUUCAAUCGGACACUCUUCGGACAGGUUUGAUGAAACUCCGCAGUCGUGAUACAACACUUUCCGAAACCAUUCACAUAACAGACGUAUCCAAUUAUUUACAGAAAAUUUUUAAUUCAUAGUUUUAAAAAACAAAAAACAAGAAGCUGGGAAACUUUGUACUUUAUUCAAUAAAAACAAUACAAAAGUGUAAUAAAUUAAAAUAAGAAA